UAUGUUUCUCCCAAUUGCUGCAAAUGUCACUGAGGUGUAUUGAAGUUUGCAAAAGUAAAAAGUGGGGUUAUAUCAUUUAUAAUUUGUAUGGAUUUUUGUAUAAAAAGUGACAAUUUAAAAGGAUCAAGUAGUUCCGAUAACGGUGCAGACCGCCAUCAGUUAAUACCCGAGUUGUAGUUGCAAUAUGUUCAAGAAAUUCGACGAGAAGGAGAGCGUGUCUGGUGUGCUGCAAUUAAAGUCGUCCAUUCAGAAAUCAAUCCGGGCGAAACUGAUAGAAUCUUACCCGUAUUUGGAGGGCUACAUUGACAGCAUUCUCCCAAAGAAAGAUGCUCUUCGCAUAAUAAAGUGCCAUGACCACAUAGAGAUAAUAGUUAAUUCUGGCGGAGAUUUAUUGUUCUUCAGGCAGCGGGAAAGCCAGUGGAUGCCUACGCUGAAGUUGCUGCACAAGUAUCCUUUCUUCUUACCUAUGUUGCAAGUCGAUAAAGGUGCAAUUAGAUUUGUUUUAAGUGGGGCAAAUAUUAUGUGUCCCGGAUUGACUUCGCCCGGUGCGCAGAUGACUGAUGUCCCCAAGGACACUGUUGUGGCUAUUAUGGCAGAGGGAAAAGAACACGCCUUAGCGAUUGGAAAGACUACCCUCUCGACGGAGGACAUAUCUAAAAUAAAUAAGGGUGUCGGGGUUGAGAACUGUCAUUAUUUAAAUGAUGGACUUUGGCAAAUGAAGCCUGUAAAGUAAUUUAUAUUAUUUAUGUUAAUCGCUAUUUUUAAUUUUAUUAAAUGUCAUUGUAUACA